UUGAUGACGUUUUAAACUAUAUUGAAAUUGUUAUUUAUUUUCUGCGAUUUAUUUUACGCUAACAAUAAUUUAACAAGCUACUUACUUUCACUAAUUGUGCAACUACUGAAUUUAAAUGACUUAAAUAUCAACAGUAAUAACAUGCUAUAAAAGUCAUUUCAGAGUUAAAUGGUAUUAUUAUAUCCAUAUUUUCUAUCAGUUUAAACAGUUCGAAGUUAGGUUAAUAUAUGCACAGGUUUUAAGUUUACCAACUAGAAAACAUGAUUUCUUUAGUUAUAUUAGGUAUUUUUAUUGUAUUAGCAAUUAUUGCAAUAGUGAUUUUAUUUCCACGAGGGGGAAAAGAAAGAGAUUCACAGGAUGCUGCAAGACGAAGGCCUGUGGCACAAAGAGAUGGUGGUCCAGGGAGGGUGCAAGCUGUUAGGAAUCAGAGGGCAAGGAUGAGAGCAAAUGCAGCAAGGCAUCAAGCAGCACUUAUUGAAGAGGAGCCUGGCAUGGUAGAGGAGGAAGAGGAUGGUGUUAUACCAGAAGCUGAAAAGGUGGAAUUUGAUGACAAGAUGGGAGCCAAGAAACGUGCAAAACUUGAAGCUAAGUUGGAAAAGAAAAAAGCGCGAGAAGCUGAAGAGCAAAUGCGUGAAAUGAAGAAGAAACGAGAGGAAGAACUGGAGGACCAGAGAAAAAAAGCAGAAGAGAUGCAAGAGGAAGAAGAACGCAAAACACAGGAAGCGGCGCGUAAACUUGAGGAGGAGCGAAAGAAACGCGAGCAAGAGGAGUAUGAGGCCAUGAAGGCGGCCUUUAGCGUAGAGGGGGAGGGAUUCGACGAGGAACAGGACCAGGAUCAGGAGAACCUGCUCAGACGGUUUAUUGAGUACAUUCAGGCACAAAAAGUUGUCUUGCUAGAAGACCUGGCAGCGCACUUCAAGAUAAAAACCCAAGCGGCUAUUGAGAGGAUAACCGAUCUACAAGCAUCUGGGGAUCUAACUGGAGUUAUAGAUGAUAGGGGCAAGUUCAUCUAUAUAUCGCAGAAAGAACUUGAGGAUGUUGCAAAGUUCAUAAAGCAGAGGGGGCGGGUAUCGAUUGCAGAGCUAGCGGAAAGUAGCAAUGAUUUAAUUAAUCUCAACCCUAUCCCGAUCCUAUAAGUGCUCUCUAACUAUUGAUUAAAUCAGAAUUAAAAAAUUAAAUGAAAUUAAAUCAUUUUGGCUUGAUUUUGAAACAUGUGCCUACAUAAACAACGUGUAACGGAAUUACGAAAUAGUAUUGAAGGGUGUAUGUAUAUUUCAUAAGGAAUCACCCUGUAAAAGUAUUAAAUCAAAAGAAGCAUGUUUAUUUUUCGAUACAAACUAAUUGAAAAGAU